AUGGCCGAAUCCAACGACUCCAUCGUCCCCCGGGCCACCAAGCCCGUCAGCGAGGCCCUGCUGAACGAGAAGUGGGACCGCGCCAUCUCCUCCAUGAUCAUCCGCUCCUCUCUCGGCCUGUCCUUCGGUGUCGUCUUCUCCGUCCUCCUGUUCAAGCGCCGCGCCUGGCCCGCCUGGGUCGGUCUCGGUUUCGGUGCCGGUCGCGCCUGGGAGGAAGCUGACUCUUCGUUCCGUCGGGGCGACUCCCCCGUUAGAGAUGCGCUGCGUAGGUAG